AUGACGGUCAGGUGGGCGUUCCCUCCGACGGGCUGCUUUAAGUUAAACAGUGAUGGUUGUGCCACGGAUCGUGGUAGCGGGGGUGAUGGGGUGAUUAGGGAUUCGUGUGGAAGGUUUAUUGUAGCUUUUGCGGAUUCCUUUGGCUGUGUGGACUCUUUUCAGGCGGAGGCUCGCGCUCUCCUCUUGGGGCUUCAAUUGGGGCGACAAGUAGGGGUCUCCCGUUUAAUCGUUGAGUCUGACUGUUUGGUUUUGAUUAAUUGUUUAAGGAGGGAAUGGGGAGUCCCUGCUGGGAUUCAGCCUAUUGUUCGUGCUAUUCGGAUGGGUGAGCCAAGUUCUCACCAGUUCUGUCAUUGCUACCGGGAGGGGAAUACAGUGGCGGAUUCGCUAGCAGCAUAUGGGGCCAUGUCAGGCACUCGAGUUAUUUUCACUAAGGGCUCACAGUUGCCGACUCGUACUAGGGGGCUUUUGGCUUUGGAUCUGCAGAACUUUUGUAACUUCCGUUUUUCUUUUAGGGGUUAA